UUUAGAUGAUGUGCGUGUGUGUGUGUGUGUGUGUGCGUGCGUGUGAAUUAUUAACAUGCCUUUUUAAUAUUAACUAAAACGUAUUGAGCGCUGGAAACUUUUAUUUUGAAAAAUACCCUCCCGGUUGUGGUCGGACUCCGCUCGCUACUGUUGUUGUCUCCACACAGCGCGUUGUGUUUGGGGGAGACUCUGAAACGGAGACUCAGUCUGAGAUUAAAGAGCUAAAUGAAUGAUGUCCUGUUUCAAGUUUUCUCCUGCACUUUCCUACUCAGCUUAAGUAUGCUUCUUUAGACACCACAGGACAUUCCACCAAGAGGAAAGUUAAGCUGCUGAAACAGGUGAUUUAUAUAAGAAUAUGGCAUCCAGAAGAUGUUCUUUUACUUCUCACAUGAACAUAUCUCACACAGAAACACAGGAACACAGCAAAGAGAGAAAUCAGUACUGCUUGGAGUGUGGGAAGAGUUUUACUAAACAGAGUGCUCUCCGACAGCACCAGCGCAUUCACACGGGAGAGAAGCCGUAUGACUGCUCAGAGUGUGGGAAGAGUUUUACUAAACAGAGUGCUCUCCGACAGCACCAGCGCAUUCACACGGGAGAGAAGCCAUAUCACUGCUCAGAGUGUGAGAAGAGUUUUACUACACAGAGUAAUCUCAAAACACACCAGCGCAUCCACACAGGAGAGAAGCCAUAUCACUGCUCAGAGUGUGAGAAGAGUUUUACUACACAGAGUAAUCUCAAAACACACCAGCGCAUCCACACAGCAGAGAAGCCGUAUCACUGCUCAGAGUGUGGGAAGAGUUUUACUACACAGAGUAAACUCAAAAUACACCAGCGCAUUCACACAGGCGUACAACCGUAUUACUGCUCAGAGUGUGGGAAGACUUUUACUCAACAGAGUGCUCUCAAAACACACCAGCGCAUCCACACAGGAGAGAAGCCGUAUGACUGCUCAGAGUGUGGGAAGAGUUUUACUGAACGGAGCACUCUCCGACAGCACCAGCGCAUUCACACGGGAGAGAAGCCCCAUCAGUGCUCAGACUGUGGGAAGAGUUUUACUAGACAGAGUAAACUCAAAAUACACCAGCGCAUUCACACAGGAGAGAAGCCGUAUCACUGCUCAGAGUGUGGGAAGAGUUUUAGUCAAAAGAGUUAUCUUGAACAGCACCAGCACAUUCACACAGGAGUGAAGCCAUAUGACUGCUCAGCAUGUUGGAAGAGUUUUACUACACAGAGUAGUCUCAAAAUACACCAGCGCGUCCACACAGGAGAGAAACCGUAUCACUGCUCAGAGUGUGGACAGAGUUUUACUUCACAGAGUAGUCUCAAAAUACACCAGCGCAUUCACACAGGAGAGAAACCAUAUCACUGCUCAGAGUGUGGACAGAGUUUUAAUCGACAGAGUCAUCUCAAAACACACCAGCGCAUCCACACAGGAGAGAAGCCGUAUGACUGCUCAGAGUGUGGGAAGAGUUUUACUGAACGGAGCACUCUCCGACAGCACCAGCGCAUUCACACAGGAGAGAAGCCCCAUCAGUGCUCAGACUGUGGGAAGAGUUUUACUAGACAGAGUAAACUCAAAAUACACCAGCGCAUUCACACAGGAGAGAAGCCGUAUCACUGCUCAGAGUGUGGGAAGAGUUUUAGUCAAAAGAGUAAUCUUGAACAGCACCAGCGCAUCCACACAGGAGAGAAGCCGUAUGACUGCUCAGAGUGUGGGAAGAGUUUUACUGAACGGAGCACUCUCCGACAGCACCAGCGCAUUCACACGAGAGAGAAGCCCCAUCAGUGCUCAGAGUGUGGGAAGAGUUUUACUAGACAGAGUAAACUCAAAAUACACCAGCGCAUUCACACAGGAGAGAAGCCGUAUCAAUGCUCAGAGUGUGGGAAGAGUUUUAGUCAAAAGAGUAAUCUUGAACAGCACCAGCGCAUCCACACAGGAGAGAAGCCGUAUGACUGCUCAGAGUGUGGGAAGAGUUUUACUGAACGGAGCACUCUCCGACAGCACCAGCGCAUUCACACGGGAGAGAAGCCCCAUCAGUGCUCAGACUGUGGGAAGAGUUUUACUAGACAGAGUGAACUCAAAAUACACCAGCGCAUUCACACAGGAGAGAAGCCGUAUGACUGCUCAGAGUGUGGGAAGAGUUUUACUGAACGGAGCACUCUCCGACAGCACCAGCGCAUUCACACGGGAGAGAAGCCCCAUCAGUGCUCAGAGUGUGGGAAGAGUUUUACUAGACAGAGUAAACUCAAAAUACAUCAGCGCAUUCACACAGGAGAGAAGCCGUAUCACUGCUCAGAGUGUGGAAAGAGUUUUACUCAAAAGAGUAAUCUCCAAAACCACCAGCGUAUUCACACAGGAGAGAAACCCUCUUGUAUGGCGCGCAGCAGCUCCCCAACGUCUCUUCGAUAGUCUAGAUUACUAUCUUUCGAUCAUCUUAGACCUCGCCGUUCGAUUUGGAAGGUCAGGUUUCUGUGAUUACCAUCGUCUGUUCUUGGCCCGUGCAUGAGCCCGUCUUCAGCAGUGGAACAUUUCUACAUACUGGGGCUACCUGGAUCUUGAGCUCUACUGUCAUGUAUUCGCUGGUCAAACUGCUCUCUCCUGUGAGCUCUGAGGUUGCCUGUCUCACCCUGCUUCCUCCUGCACUCUCGUUACUCCACCCCUUCCCACUCGCCGCCCCGCCGUAACCUCUGCUCCCACUGCGCCCCUAUCUUUAUGACUUCCAGUUCCCGCAACAGCCGCAGGUUUUUUUUUUCCUUGGGGGCCAGAUGGUCUGUAAUAAUUUCAACUCCGCUGGAUGUUUUUCUUCUUCAUGCAAGUUGCUCCAUGUCUGCUCUCAUUGUGGCCAAGCUCAUUCCAGAUCUGGAUGUCCCCUUAACCCUCCUAAGUUUGGGCCCAAAAGACUACUCUGGCAUCUUUCUAUUCCUGUCAAUGCCCCUGCUCUCGCUGCUGACCUCUCCCUCCAUCCUGAUCAUUCCUUCAUCUCUUAUUUGCUAGAUGACCUUAUAUUCAGCUUUUCUCCAGGACUCGCUGUGUUUCCUGCCUCUUCCCUUUCGUGUCGCAACCUCGUCUCUGCUCUGUCUGAGCCUGAUGUCGUGUCUUCCCUUUUGGCCAAAGAAGUUUCGGAAGGUUUUAUGAUCGGCCCUUUCGCUUCUCCUCCCUUCUCCACUUAUCUUGUCAAUCCUGCCAGCGUUGCCACUUGUAAAAUUUCUGGCAAGAAACGUCUCAUUAUCGAUUUGUCUGCCCCUCAUGGCUCCUCAGAACCAUCCAUCAAGUGGAGUUUGCUGGGAAGGCAGAUAUGACUUUACAGUUCAUCUCGCCUUCGGCUGCAAGAGCAGCCCCAAGAUGUUCGACACCCUGGCUGAAGCCUUGUGUUGGUUCCUGCUGAAUGUUUGCAGACUACCCCAUGUACUCUACCUCCUCGAUGACUUCCUCAUGGUGGUCUCCCCUUUCCUUCCCACCUGCGUAUGGCCUU